CGUGGAAAAGCGGAAACGCCUGAUCGUAUUUUGUUCUCUUGUUCUAAGUGGUGCUGUAAUAAUGUAAAAAGAAAAAAAAUGUUAUUUGGGUAAAAAAAAAAGUUAAAAGUACUUUUUUUCAUAUCAAGAAUAAGGAGGAUGCAGUUAUCCAACAGUCAUUAACCGCCACUUGCAGCUUCCUGGCUAAAUACGUUAGCUUAGCCUAGCCUAGCUUAUAUGCUUCUGUUAUACUUGGUUUCAAGAAAGUGAAACAGUGGACUGUGUUUUCCACAGACAGAAUGGACGUCACAGAAGAAAACGUGACGGUGAAGGAGGCACUUGAGAAAGUAGCUGAGCUGGAAUACAGCCAGAACCAUUUAAGGGACCUUAAUGCUAAGAUGAGGCGAUGGCUGGAUGUUGCAGAUGAUGAUAUGUCAGGGUUGCGCUCGGAGAACGCAGACCUCAGGAACCAAGUAAAACAGCUGGAGAAGAUCAUCAGUGCAGCAGAGCAGAGUGAAGCAGAGUCCUGUGUGUCCCCUCUGGCUCAUGACCUUGAUUUGGAGAAACGCAAUGAAGAAAAGAUUCAGAGAUUGGAAGAGGAAUGCAUCACGAUGAAGGAACAAAAUAAGAAACUAACUGCAGAGCUCAACAGCCUCCAGCAAGAGAGAGAGCAGGACAAGAUUUAUUUAAGCAACUUCAAGGAUGCAGUUCAGAGCCUUGAGGAAGACAUGAAGGAGGCUCAGUUAGCGCUGCACGAUAGGGAUGAGGUGGUUAAUCAGAAAAACAUGGAAUUAAAUUACUUGGAGGCAACCGUGGAAGAACUUUCAAACUUCACAAAGGAACUGAAGCUGAUGAACCAAGAACUGAGGCAACAGUUGGAGAACAAACAGAAUGAGGCCUUGUUCCUUGCUGCACAUGACCCAACAACAGAAAAGGAAGGGUCACCCUGCCCUCAUCUAUCCUUCGCAGAGGAAAUCAGGUUACUGGCUUCCACAGCUACAGAAGCAACUAGCAUGUCCCACUCCAAACAUCAAACACAAGGGGAAGACGAGGAAGAGCAGUUGAAACUUCAAAGUCUCACAAUGCACCUUCAGGGCAAAAGGUGUGCUGGUCUCCUGAGGACAGGCGUCAUUAAAGCUGGACUUUUCCUCCUGUCAAUCAUCAUUAUCACUCUUAUCGCUUUUGUGGCGUCAUGGAUCUCUGCCACAAACAGUGACUUGUUCACCAUUAACACCUUAUGGAAAGUUGCACGCCUGAUCCUACAGCCUUACUGCAGUGUGCACUAUGGAGCCUUACCCCCGAUUUGAUGCUAACUGGGUUGACUGGGUUGGUUGCUGCAGUUAGACAAUCUGUGCAGUGUGUAAUAAAAAUGUCAAUAUUUUGAAGUUCUUCUUAAAAUCUAUUAUUUGAAAUAACACCACAGUAGAAAAAGCUUGAUUAGUUUAUACCAGACUCAAUACCUGCUUCAUGUAGUUCAGAGAAGGAUGCUUUCACUUAAUAAGUUAUUCAGAUUUGUUUGUAAUGUUUAAUUGAAUGCAUGUAAAAGACAGACUUGUUUGUACAGAACUGGAAACUCUCCUUUUUCUGCUACAUAUUCUACUUAACCUGAAACAGUGUAAAAUACACAGGCUUGCUCAUGUAAA